AUGGCUGGCGCGGACGAAACGCUCGCGGCCGCUGCUGCCAUCCUUCGGGGUCUUGCCCGCGAAACCCCUCGCUCCGGCUCCGCUCCUCCCUUUGAAUUUCCGCUAUCGCACGCUUCUUCUAAUGGCUACGACACCAAGUUCACCAAGCUACCGGGAGAUGCAAGUUCGUCAAAGGCGGCCUUUGAAAAUGAGUUGGAGGCGUUAGUCCGUCGAGUUCAACAACUGGAAUCACAAGCUGUCAGUCACCCGACUUCCCCCGGAACUUUCCCUGAAUCCUCCCAGUCUUCCCUCAGCUCUACUGAGAGGGAAGCUGACUUCUUGUGGUCUUUUGGACUUUCUCGCUCGUCGUCCCAGCAAGUUUCUAACUUCUCUUCCACACUACAGCAGCAAAACUCCCAUAGACCCCACCACCCAAGGCGGAUAGAAGAGCCCGAUGAGGAUAUUGAGGAGGAGGAGAGCGACGAAGAUGAAGACCUGGACUCGAGGACUCGACUGGUACGCGAGGAAGACAUCAGUUAUCUACGAAACCAUGUUCAGAAACAGGCGGAGGAAAUAAGUUUUCAGAAAGAUAUUAUCGCCCAAGUGCGUGAUGAAUUACUACAGCAGGAGGAGCAAACGCGACGGGCUUUGACCAAGGUUGAAAACGAGGAUGUCGUCCUGCUGGAGCGGGAGCUUCGCAAACACCAGCAAGCCAACGAAGCUUUCCAGAAGGCCUUAAGGGAGAUCGGUGGCAUCAUCACCCAGGUCGCUAACGGUGACCUGUCAAUGAAGGUGCAGAUUCAUCCCCUGGAGAUGGACCCCGAAAUCGCUACAUUCAAACGGACGAUCAACACUAUGAUGGACCAGCUGCAAGUGUUUGGUAGUGAGGUGUCUCGAGUCGCACGAGAGGUCGGAACGGAAGGCAUCCUUGGUGGCCAAGCCCAGAUCACAGGGGUCCAUGGUAUCUGGAAGGAGCUUACGGAAAACGUCAACAUCAUGGCCAAGAAUCUCACGGACCAAGUGCGUGAGAUUGCUGUGGUCACAACAGCUGUCGCCCAUGGUGAUCUGAGCCAGAAGAUUGAAAGUCGGGCCCAGGGUGAAAUUUUGGAACUACAGCAGACCAUCAACACCAUGGUGGAUCAACUUCGUACAUUUGCCACAGAAGUUACACGCGUCGCACGUGAUGUCGGCACUGAGGGUGUCCUGGGUGGACAGGCUCAGAUUGAUGGAGUAAAAGGCAUGUGGAACGAACUCACGGUUAAUGUCAACGCCAUGGCGAACAAUUUGACCACCCAAGUGCGGGAUAUCGCUACAGUCACGAAAGCGGUCGCCAAAGGUGAUUUGACACAGAAGGAAGUCACGAAGAUUGCUAAGGAGGUCGGCACAGAUGGUGUCCUCGGUGGUCAAGCCACGGUCAAUGAUGUGGAGGGUACAUGGAAGGAUUUGACCGAGAAUGUCAACCGAAUGGCCAACAAUUUGACGACACAAGUCAGAGAGAUCGCUGAUGUCACUACCGCCGUAGCAAAGGGUGACCUAACUAAGAAGGUUACUGCGAAUGUCCAAGGUGAAAUACUGGACUUGAAGAGUACGAUCAAUGGCAUGGUGGACCGACUCAACACCUUUGCCUUUGAAGUCAGCAAAGUCGCUCGCGAGGUCGGCACGGACGGUACUCUUGGUGGUCAAGCUAAGGUGGAUAACGUUGAGGGCAAAUGGAAGGAUCUUACCGAUAACGUCAACACUAUGGCCCAGAAUCUGACAUCGCAGGUACGGAGUAUCUCAGAUGUCACUCAAGCCAUUGCCAAGGGUGAUCUCAGCAAGAAGAUUGAAGUGCAUGCUCAGGGAGAGAUUUUGACGCUCAAGGUCACAAUCAAUCACAUGGUUGACCGACUCGCUAAAUUCGCGACUGAGUUGAAAAAGGUCGCGCGUGAUGUCGGUGUUGACGGCAAGAUGGGCGGACAGGCUAAUGUUGAAGGAAUUGCUGGAACAUGGAAAGAAAUCACCGAGGACGUGAAUAUCAUGGCAGAAAACCUCACGUCCCAGGUGCGUGCAUUUGGCGAGAUCACAGAUGCUGCGACAGAUGGCGAUUUCACCAAGCUUAUCACUGUUAAUGCUUCUGGUGAGAUGGACGAGUUGAAGCGAAAGAUCAACAAAAUGGUUUCCAACCUCCGGGAUAGUAUUCAGAGAAACACCGCUGCCAGGGAAGCAGCUGAGCUUGCUAACCGUACCAAGUCUGAAUUCCUGGCCAAUAUGAGUCACGAAAUCCGCACACCUAUGAAUGGUAUCAUCGGUAUGACGCAGUUGACGUUAGAUACGGACGACCUCAAGCCUUAUACUCGCGAGAUGUUAAAUGUCGUGCAUAAUCUUGCAAACAGCUUAUUAACGAUCAUUGAUGACAUACUAGAUAUCUCAAAGAUCGAGGCGAACAGAAUGGUUAUCGAAAGUAUCCCCUUCACGGUGAGGGGAACCGUCUUCAACGCACUGAAGACUCUUGCGGUGAAGGCAAAUGAGAAGUUUCUUAGCCUGACCUACCAGGUCGAUAACACAGUACCAGACUACGUUACUGGUGAUCCCUUCCGUCUUCGUCAGAUUAUUCUCAACUUGGUGGGCAACGCCAUCAAGUUCACGGAGCACGGAGAGGUCAAGCUCACGAUUCGGAAGUCGGACCGCGAACAGUGUGCGGCGAACGAAUACGCCUUUGAAUUUUCUGUAUCUGACACCGGAAUCGGCAUUGAGGAGGACAAACUUGAUCUGAUAUUCGAUACUUUCCAGCAGGCCGAUGGCUCGACAACGCGCAGGUUUGGUGGAACAGGCCUUGGCUUAUCUAUCUCAAAACGCUUGGUGAACCUGAUGGGUGGUGAUGUAUGGGUUACGUCUGAGUAUGGCCAUGGUAGCACAUUCCAUUUCACCUGUGUCGUGAAACUCGCCGACCAAUCCUUGAACGUCAUUGCAUCUCAGCUACUGCCAUACAAGAACCACCGCGUCCUCUUUAUCGAUAAGGGGGAGAAUGGUACACAGGCGGACAAUGUUAUGAAGAUGCUCAAGCAGAUGGAUUUGGAGCCAUUAGUUGUCCGUAACGAAGAUCAUGUUCCGCCCCCGGAGAUCCAGGAUCCAUCAGGCAAGGAGUCUGGCCACGCUUACGACGUUAUCAUUGUGGACUCAGUUGGCACGGCACGGUUGCUCCGGACCUUCGAUGACUUCAAAUACGUACCUAUUGUCCUGGUCUGCCCGUUGGUGUGCGUAAGCUUGAAGUCAGCCCUGGACCUUGGAAUCAGCUCAUACAUGACCACACCAUGCCAGCCCAUAGAUCUCGGUAAUGGCAUGUUGCCUGCGCUCGAGGGCCGCUCUACUCCUAUUACUACCGACCACUCCCGUUCAUUUGACAUCCUCCUGGCCGAAGAUAACGACGUCAAUCAGAAACUGGCCGUUAAAAUCCUAGAGAAACACAACCAUAAGGUCUCCGUCGUCAGCAACGGUCUGGAAGCCGUGGAGGCCGUUAAGCAACAUCGGUACGAUGUCAUUCUGAUGGACGUGCAGAUGCCAGUCAUGGGUGGUUUUGAGGCAACAGGUAAGAUACGUGAAUACGAGAGGGAAUCCGGUCUAAGUCGGACGCCGAUCAUCGCUCUUACUGCACACGCUAUGUUGGGAGACCGAGAGAAGUGUAUACAAGCUCAGAUGGACGAAUAUCUCUCGAAGCCACUGAAGCAGAACCAAAUGAUGCAGACCAUCCUCAAAUGUGCUACACUUGGUGGUUCGCUUUUAGAGAAGAGCAAGGAAUCGCGAAUCUCAAGUAGCGGCGAGAUGCAUCCGGUUCAUCACGGCUCCGACGGCAAAGGCCCACGCCCGGGCAUGGAAGGUAGAUCUAUCACUGCAUCAAGCACCGUCAACCGGGGUAGCCUUGCAAGCCCCAGUGUCGAGAAGGCUGAGGAUCUUUCCAUGGAGCGGGCAUUGUUGCGGUCCAAUAGCUCGUGA